AUGGACGACCUAAUAUCGCUAGGCGAGACGUUACAGCAGGCGUCGUCGGCGCUCGUGGGAGACGACAUUCAGGCGGACCCUCGCUCGGGCUCUGCUCCCGUCAUCCAGCUUUUGGUCAUCGGCGCGCCGGGUUCGGGGAAGUCGGCUGUUCUCAACACGCUCAUCGGCCAUGCCGUCUUGCCAACAGGAGAGGGCGGCUGCACACGCUUCCCAGUGCUGGUCGACUUGCAUCGCGACCAGAACCUGUCGGCCGGCUCUGUGCGCGGCAAUCUUGGUGCCAGAGCCAACAUGCCCAAGCCAUCGGAGAUACGGCAAGCACUGCAGUCGGACAUGAGCAAGGCCAAGGGGUCGUCCAGGCACAGAGAGGAGGCGCAACUCAUCCUCCGCUGGCCAAUCGCCCCACCAAUGCGCAUCAUUGACCUGCCUGGAAUCGAGAAGGCAUCUCAAAUGGAUGGAGCAUUCCAGGACAACGUGUCCAACAACGAUGCAGUCAUCCUGGUGGUGAUCUCUGCCACGGCAGUUAAGGACUCUCUAAAGAUCCUCCGUAUCGCGCAUGACAUUGAUAGAGAAGGUGUGAGGACCAUCGGAGUAAUAACGAAAUUCGACCAAGUGAUGAAGGACAGAGAUACGGCGAAGCUGGCAGUGGAUCUGCUGCAGAAGCAGGGGGCGGCCAUGGCUCAGGACUACCCGUGGGUGGCUGUGAUUGGGCAGCCGCUGGGGGACAAGGACACAAAUGAGCCCAUGGAUGGUGCAUGGCAGGAGGAAUACAAGGUCUUAUCACAGGUGAUGCGGGCGAACGGAGUCAAAGGCAUGGACACGCCCAUGGGUCGCGACGCGCUGCUGCGGCUGAUUGCUCGCACCGUGCGGCACAAGAUGAAGGAGAAGAUUCCCCGCAUCAUGUCUGCCCUGGAGGGUCGGUCUGAGGAGGUGGAUGCGGAGCUACUCAGGCUGGGCGAAUCCCUCGUCUCCAGCCUCAACGGCUCACGAGCCCUCGCCCUGGAGCUGUGCCGAGGGUUUGAGACCAAGUUCUGCGAACACCUGGACGGCAGUGAGGGCGGAGGGUCGCAGAUGGUGGAGAAGUUUGUCGGUACGCUGCCUCUGCGCUUCAGAGGGCUCCCGCUGGACGACAUGUUCAGCUUUGACAACGUCAAGAAGGUGGUGAUGGUGGCGGACGGAUACCAGCCAUACCUGCUGUCGCCAGAGAAGGGCCUGCGUCUGCUCAUCAAGAGGAGUCUGGAGCUGGCCAAGCAGCCUGGCAUUGACUGUGUGGACGAGGUGCACAAGAUUCUCAUGGACAUCGUUGCAGCUGCUGCAUCCCAAGCCCCUUCGCUCGUCCGCUUCCCACCCAUGAAAACAGAGCUGGUGGCCAUAGCAUCGGCAGCACUGGACGAGUAUCGGGCGGAGGCAAAGCGCAUGGUGACGGCCAUAGUGGACAUGGAGAAGGGCUUCGUGCCGCCGUCGCACUUCAUUGAGGCGGAGUACAAGCGGCAGGAGAAGCUGUGGAAGGAGUUGGAAGUGGCUCGCAAGGGCCUGCAGGACCGCGGCGUGCUCUCCCGCUCUUCGACAGGAGAUGGUGGGGGAGGUCGCUUCGCCUCUGCCAUGUCCUCCUUCAGCCGCAAGAAGGAGCCCCCCCCGCCUCCGCCCCCCACCGACGCCUCACAGGCCCUGGGUCCCGUCAAGGAGCUUGCAGGGUUCUUGUGGAAAGUGAGCUCCAAGGGAGGGUGGAGCAAGCGCUGGUUCGCACUCAGUGACAAGACCGCCCGGCUCUACUACGUAAAGAAGCCCGAUGAGAAGACGCCUAGGGGAGUCAUUCCUCUUGAGGACUGCAUAAUAGACGAGAUAGUGCCGCCAGAGGAGGUGCCAUCAGCGUCGGACAUCAAGGCGGGGUCGAACCCCUCGGCACAGGCUCUCUCCUUCAAGAUCGGCAACAGAGUGCCGUACAAGACCGUGGUCAAAGUCGCUCAUCCUGCGGGCAGACAACACAGCGGAGAAGCAGCAGUGGUGCACCAGUCGCUCAUCCUGAGGGCAGACAACAUGGCGGAGAAGCAGCAGUGGGUGGCGCGCCUGCGCAGCCACACCAAGGCCUUCAAGGAGGCCCCGCCUCCACUUCCCACUGCUCCUUUCCCACCCCAUCCAUCGCUCAUCCUGAGGGCAGACAACAUGGCGGAGAAGCAGCAGUGGGUGGCGCGUCUGCGCAGCCACACCAAGGCCUUCAAAGAGGCCCCGCCCCCACCUCCCCCUUCCUCCUCCACCGGGGGUGACACCGACCAAUCAGGAGACGAGGGGGCCGGCAGGGAUGGGGAUUCUGCUGGUGCUGGCGGUGGGAGUGGGGGCAAUAUUGUGCCUGGGGCGCUGGGGCAGGGAGGGGGAGGGGCAGCGGGGGCGGGGCGGGUGGCGAAUCCGGAGGAGGAGCUGCGGUAUCAGGUGACUGAAGUGCGGCGAUAUGUGCAGGCAGUGCUUGUGCACUUGGCUGACAACAUUCCCAAGGCCAUAGUACUGGCUCAGGUGGAGCGAGCGCGAGACUCAAUGCUAACAAAGCUGUACCAGACGGUGAGCGGCAUGUCAGACGACAAGCUGCAUUCCAUGCUGCAGGAGGACUCCGAGAGCGCCGGCAAGCGCGACAAGUUCAAGCGCAUGCGUGAUGCCAUGCUGCAGCUCAAGAGGGCGCUUAGUUUGCAUGAGGCACGGGCGUCUGCUGAGGACGAAGGACAAGGCACCAAGGAGACAGUGGACGCAUGGAGAACAGCUUUCAACAAGGCAGCCCCUGCCGUUUCUUCAAAUCUCUGUGCCGCAUUGUGCCCCGCUGUCCCUCCAGGCACCAAGGAGACAGUGGACGCAUGGAGAACAGCUUUCAACAAGGCCGCUCCUCUCUUUGCCAUUUCUGCCCUAUCGCCCACCCGCUCCUCCUCCGCCAAUCAACAGCAGCCAGCUAUCACCCGCGGCAUGACCAUGGGCUCCAUGCCCAACCCGCUAGGCGCGGGGGUUCCCGGAGCUAUGGUCCCAGGUCCGGUGAUGGCUCGGGGGCCGCCAAUGGUCCCGUCUGCAAGCACUGCCAGGAGUGCAAGUCCGCUGCGGCAGACACUAGCAGGGGGGAUGGAUGCAGGAGGGGGGAUGGGGAACCCCCUGCGUGCCACGUCUAGGAGAGCACCCCCUGGUCCACCCACUGGUUUCAGCUUCAAGUAG